AUGCAGACUAAAUCAAAUUUUAGAUGGAAAACCCCAUCUAGAUUAUAGAUCAAAACACCAACUUAAUAAUAAAUCGUUGCUUUAUCUUAAAUGAUGAUUAGAGCAGAGUCAACUAAAAGAAGGCCAGUUAAAGUGAAGCAUUUUGAAAAAGAAUAGAUAAUUAAUAAUGUUGAAUCAUAAUAGUAUUUACAUUCAAUUCCUAUAAUAUAAGAAAACUUAAAUAAAGAGUAUUUUAGAAUUAUUUUUUUAGAAUGUUAGUGUUAAAGAAUAAUUAAAUAACAUCAAUGAAAGGUCUUUAGGAAUACAAAAAUUUAAAUUAUAUUGAUUUAUCAGCAAACUAAAUAAAAGAAAUAACAGAGAUAAAUUAAUUAAAUAUUUAAGUUCUUAUGAUAUCUUACAAUAAAUUGAAAGAAGUUAAAAAUCUACCUCAAUGUUUAAAAAUUCUCGAUGCUAAGAUUAAUAUGAUAGAAAGAGUAGAUCUAUCUAAUCUGAAUAAUUUAAAAGUUCUUAAUUUAUAAAAGAAUAAUAUCUCUUCAAUAAAUUUAUAUGGGUUGUAUAAUUUAAAAAAGGUUUAUUUAGAUGAAAAUAAAGUAUGUAUUUGAUUGAUUUAGAUUACUUAUUUUACUGAAAUCCCUUACUUGGAGUAAUUAUAACUUUUAUCAUUACAAAAUAAUCAGAUAAUAAAAGCAUUUGAAUAAUCAUAAUUAGCUAAGAUCCCUAAAAUAAAAUAAAUUUAUGUUUAGGGUAAUCCAUUUUCAAGAUUUGUUUAAUAUGAAAACUAUUUAGAUUAUCUCUGUGAUUUAAAUGGAUAAAUAAAACCAAACAAACUAAGAUGUAAAUCUGUAGAAACUCAAAAAAGUUUAAAAUUAGAUACCUCCGAUGCUUUAAUUUCAAAAGAAUAAAAAUUAAACAUAAUUGAUUUUAAUGAAUAGACAACACCCUUUCUUUAAACUUCUCAAAAUAAAUAAGGAUAUACUUUUAAUUAAUAGCUAAUUCAAAAAAUAAUUAAAAAAAAUUCAGGAGAAUAUAGCAAUAAUUAUAGAGCAGAAAUAAGUUAAUAAGGAAAGAGAGAUAAAUAUAUUAAUUAAUUUUCUGUUAAGCAAGCAUAAAUAAAUUUUGUUCCUGAUUUUUCAUUUAUUAAGAAAAUCAACAAAAAGACAAAAUCAGAUCUAUUUACUUAAAAUGAAAUAGAAAAAAUUAAUUAAAUUAAAUAGUAAUUUAAUCACAAAGAAUCAAUUGAAAAAUGUGUAAGCAAGUAUUUUAUUCUUUCAAAAUGUUUAAUUGUCUAUGGGAAUCCUAAAAAUAUUGAUUAAAUUGAAGUGGAUAGUUUGAUUCUAAAAUAUUAUGAAUUGAAUAGUUUAGAGAAUUGUAAUCUCUUUACUUUUAAUAAAAUUACUAAAUUAACUUUAUAACAUAAUCGAAUCUGUCACCUACAUGAAAUUAAUCUUUUACAGAAUAUUUUUCAAAAGAUAGAAAUACUAUAAAUAGAAAAAAAUGAGAUAAAUACCUCGACAAUAUUGAAACCCUACAUAAAUUAUUUAUUUUCUCUUGAUGAGAGAGAUAAGCGAAAUUUUCAAAAAUUCUCUGAAAUAAGAUCAAACAUUUAAGAAAACAUAGAAAUUGAUGAAACGUUGUACCCAAAAAUAAAUAUAAAUUAGUUUGAUUAUUUCUUUAACUCAUAUAUUUUAUCAGUUAUUGAUUAAGUAAAUGCGUAAUGAUCAUAAAUUUAAAUUAUUAUUAUAUAUAAUAAUGGUAAAAUAUGAAUGUCCUAGAUGCAAGCAUAUAUAAAACUAUGAUGGUUAAUGUAGUAAUUGUUUAGCAUGGGAUGCAUAAAUGAAAUAAAUAGAAGAUCUAAAGAAAUUUAACAGAGAUCUUAAUGUAGCUUUCUAUGCUGAUGGUGGUUGCUGUGGUUGCACAGAAAAAAAAAGAAGAAACUUCUUUUAUAUAUUAGGAAUUUUAAUGUUGAUAAUUGGGUUAGUAUUUCUUAUAGGUCAAUUUGGAGAGAAUUCUACAGAGACAGCAAUGGGUCUAAUUGGUUUAGGAGUGAUUUGGUUAAUUGCAGGAUUCUGUUGUCCAAAUGGAUGUUCUGGUGAAUAUAAAAGAACAAAUUAAGGAUUGAUAGAAUGAAAA